GUGAUGGAAACCCCUGCCCCCAGCACCGUGCACCUGAGCGACUGGCAGAAAAGUUACUUUGCUAUUGCCUCUGGCACCUGCACACCCAGCCAGAAGGCAGAUGAAUAUCGUGCCAAAAUCCUGCAUAUUCAGUAUGCAUGGGCAAACUCUGAGAUCUCUCAGGUCUGUGCUGCCAACCUGUUUAAAAAGUACGCAGAGAACUACUCUGCAAUUAUUGACUCUGACAACAUAGAGACUGGCUUGAAUAACUAUGCUGAAAACAUUUUGACUUUGGCAAAGUGUCAGCAAAAUGACAGUGACAAGUGGCAAUCUGCCUUGACAACAGAGAAUGUAUUUGAGUUAAAGUGUGUGCAAGAGAGGCUGCAGGCUGGCAAAAAUUUCCAAAGCUCUCAGAUGGCACCAGCAGAUGCCUGUGUACUGCCUGAUAAAGGGGUCAGUGCCUCUGCCGCUCCGGGUCUUCCUAAACUCGGUAUCUUCAGCAGUGCCGGAGGGACUGAGCUCUGCGCUGGCUCAGCAAAAUGUGCAAGUUGGGGACCGGAUCUGGAGCAUCCCUCAUCUUCAAAGUCUCUUCAAAGCAGUGUGCCUCCUGUGACCAAAACUUCAGAUACGCUUCCCGCCUCUGCAGCCUCCUUAAACAAACAACUUCAUGCAGGUUUCCAGGCAACGCCACUAUUUGGAAGUAAAGAAGGGACGAGUAGUAGUUCUCUGAAAAUGCUGAGCAACUGCCAUGAUGGACAAAAUCCGUCUCUUUCCAAUCAGUCAGCUCUACCUGCAUGGCCCACAAGUUCUGGAAAAAGAAAAGUGUUUUAUGGUCUGGCUGAUGAAGGCAGCAUGGUGAUGCCUAACCCUGCGCCAUGCCAGCCUUCCAUUAGCACAGAAACCAGUAGUGUUUCAGGGAGCAGAAACAGAAAUGAAGAAGGCGGUGUUCCUGGUUUUAGAACUGCAAAGGAACAGCUGUGGGUGGAUCAGCAAAAGAAAUCUCAAAACCUACCCCAGCGUGCACCAGUCUCGUCAUAUGGAAGCAUUAAAAAAUCCCUGGGUGCAGGCAGAUCUCGGGGUCCAUUUGGCAAGUUUGUUCCUCCAGUUCCAAAACAAGAUGGAAAUGAAAAUGGAGGCGCACAGUGUAAACCUCAUGCAGGAGGACCAACAGAACCAUUACUGCCUGUAGAUGAGCGACUGAAAAACAUAGAACCAAAAAUGGUUGAACUAAUUAUGCACGAGAUCAUGGACCAUGGACCUCCUGUCAGCUGGGAUGACAUCGCCGGAGUUGAAUUUGCUAAAGCCACCAUAAAAGAAAUAGUAGUGUGGCCUAUGCUGAGGCCAGACAUCUUCACUGGGUUACGUGGUCCUCCUAAAGGAAUCCUUCUCUUUGGCCCCCCUGGGACUGGCAAGACUCUUAUCGGCAAGUGCAUUGCAUGCCAGUCUGGAGCGACUUUUUUUAGCAUCAGUGCCUCUUCCUUGACUUCCAAGUGGGUAGGGGAGGGGGAGAAGAUGGUCCGUGCGCUGUUUGCCGUGGCACGAUGUCAACAGCCAGCAGUGAUUUUCAUCGAUGAGAUCGAUUCUCUGUUGUCUCAGCGUGGAGAUGGGGAGCACGAGUCAUCGAGAAGAAUAAAAACUGAAUUUCUGGUCCAGUUAGACGGGGCAACAACCUCCUCUGACGAUCGUAUUCUAGUGGUUGGAGCAACAAAUCGACCCCAGGAAAUCGAUGAGGCUGCCCGGAGGAGACUGGUGAAGAGGCUGUACAUUCCUCUUCCAGAAGCCUCAGCUAGGAAGCAGAUAGUUACCCGUCUAAUGUCAAGGGAGCACUGCUCUCUAAAGGAAGAGGAGAUUGAACUCAUAGUUAAGAAAUCAAAUGGCUUUUCUGGAGCAGACAUGACACAGCUCUGUCGAGAAGCUUCUCUGGGUCCUAUCCGCAGUCUUCAGUCCAUGGACAUCACAACCAUCAUGCCAGACCAAGUGCGGCCUAUUGCUUUCCUGGACUUUGAGAGUGCCUUCAGAACCGUGCGGCCCAGCGUCUCCUCGAAGGACCUAGAGCUCUAUGAAACCUGGAACCAGACGUUUGGCUGCGGUAGAUAAUUGCAUAGUUUCACAGAAACAUUUCUUCAGCACUGUUAAACCUAUAAUAAUUUAGGGUGUCUGCACUUCUUUU